GCUUUUGUGACAGACAGGUAAGGUGUCUGUUAUCAGAGGAACGAGCGCGAGCCGUCAUGUCGCUGCAGUUUAAAGAUGAGGAGUUUCAGAGCGCGUGGAAGGAGUUGGAUGAGCCGCAGCUGGAGGGAGGAUGGGAACUCUUCACCGAGACCAUGGGAGUCAAGAUCUACCGGCUCCACGAUAAGGAAACUGGACUUUAUGAGUACAAAGUAUUUGGUGUGCUCAACAACUGCAAUGCAGAGCUGUGUGCAGAGGUCUACAUGGACUUGACGUAUCGGAAAAAUUGGGAUACAUAUGUGAAAGAGCUCUUUGAGAAGGACUUCGGUGGACAAAAUGCAAUCUACUGGGAAGUAAAAUACCCAUUUCCUAUGUCAAACAGAGAUUAUGUGUACAUGAGGGAGCGCAGAGACCUGGAUGUGGAUGGCAGGAAGAUCUGGGUGAUCCUGGCCAGAAGUGCUCCAGAGACGCCGUGUUCCGAAAAGAGUGGUGUGCUGCGGGUCAAAGACUACAAGCAGAGCGUGGCCUUGGAGAGCGACGGAGGCUGUGGAACCAAAGUUUUCAUGAAUUACUUUGACAACCCUGGUGGCAUGAUUCCCACCUGGCUGGUGAACUGGGCAGCGAAGACUGGGGUUCCAGGUUUCUUAACAGACAUGCAGAAGGCCUGUAGAAACUACAGCAAAUUCUGCACGAAGAAAUGAAUGCAACUGACGGCACAAUGGCUCAUGCACAAGGACUCCAUUUUAUAUUUCUUGUUUCAGUCUUGGGAGGUAUUCUGAUGCUGUAUGAUCAAAUGUGAUGUUUCCGUAUGGGGUGAAUGUGGCAUGACGUGGGCUACUACUUUGUUGUUGUAGCAUGCUCUUGACUCAGGCAUGAUCGGCCACCCUCAUUAGGCUGCUGGGAAAUCAAUUAUGUGUCAUUGUACUGUAUUGAUCAAUACUGUAUUAUCUUUUCUGUGCAAUCAAGCUCCAGUCACUCCAGAAUUUUAGAGCUUUUAGGAAUUUUAAAUUGGAAAAGGACAACUAAACCCCCCCUGUGGUAUUAAAAUUGGUGCCUUGACUGGCCACUACUAGAAAUAACUAGCACCAAGUUUUAGCAAUUUAUUCAGAUCAUCAGUGAAAAAGCAAGUAACAUAUGCAAUUGUAUUAUAUUUUCUUUUCCUAUUAUAUUAUUUCAAUAUAUUGUCAAUUUCCAAUGAUACUCAGCAACACUCUUUAUCAAGCACAACCGUUACUUUUAAUGUAUAUGCAAAUGUUUGUAUUGCUCCAUGUGGUGACUUUUAGCAACUUUUUGAGCUAGUGCUGGCUACUUUUAUUGGAAAAGAGUUGCCAACCCUGCACAGGACAAACUGAAUCUUUGGUUGCAGCUUCUUGCAUAGGACAUUUUAACUUUAACAUCUUUUUAGAUUCUUAACUCUACAUGUGCAAUAUAAUGUGAUUCUUUGUACUGUAUGAUUAAGUCACACUGCAAUCUUGCCCCUGACAAUUUCAUUUGGUUGUAAUUCAUUCAUCAGUUAUAAUGUAGUGAAAUUUACAAAUGUUUCGAGGAAUGCCACUCGAUGGGCUUCUUGUGAUUCAUUUUCAUGGAUUUAUUUGUUAUGCAAAAAUUAUUUUAUGAUACUCUAUGCUGAUUUUGGGUGCAAAUUAUCGAAGGUACACUAUCUGAGAUAAUACUCAGGCUGUACCUCAGUGCUACAGUUGAGGUGAAUAUGGUUUAAUCUACACAAUUAAGGCCUAUUACUGUGUAAUAUUGAUGUGUAAAAUAAAUAAACUUUCAUUUUAAAUGUA